CUUAGUUUCAUGUAUAGGGAAGAUGUUUUCGGACCGGUCUGGGUUUACAAUGGCAGGCAUACAGUCUAGCGCGACCAGACUCGAGCCAGUGUUGGCCCGACCAGCGCCAAUGUCACUCGUAUGACUGAAACUGAAGUUCAAAGUGAAGUUAUAAAUGAAUAUUAUUACAUACAGUUGGGAAUAAAACAUGUUAAUAGCUGCUUUUUGACCGAGACAAAUAUUGAUCGUGAGUCAUGACGGAAGGAACUUACGACAGAAUGUCACCUUUUUUAAGACAGCUGCUGGCAGUGAGCGGCGUGGUGCUGUACAUGAUCGGCACGGGAGCCAACAUCGCCUUCCCCGGCGUGCUGCUGCAGCAGCUCCGGGCCCCGGACUCCGCGCUCAGGCUCACGCCGGACCACGAGUCCUGGAUAGCAUCAAUCCUGGGCCUAGCGUUGAUCUCGGGCAUCAUCGUGGCGCCCUUCAGCCUGCAGAAGCUGGGCCGUAAGCUGACCAAUCAGCUGAGCUCACUGCCCGCGCUGGGGGGCUGGGCGCUGCUCGUCACAGCCAAGGGACCCACCGCUCUACUAGUCAGCAGAUCUCUUCUGGGAUUCGGUAUGGGCAUCCAGGCCGCCGCCGCGCCAGUCUCCAUCGCCGAGUACUCGGCUCCCAAGCACCGCGGCGCCUUCCUGGCCACCAUCGCCUUCUCCUUCGCCACCGGGAUGCUGAUCGCGCACAUCUUCGGGACAGUCCUCUACUGGAGGUCAGCAGGACUGGCCUGCGGAAGUGUAUACGCCUUGUCUCUCAUAUUAGUGACACUAUCCCCAGAAACACCGCCAUAUCUUGCCUCAAGAGGACUUAACGAACAGUGUAGAAAAUCGUUCCACUGGUUCAGAGGCCACGAUACCAAUGCUGAAAAGGAACUAGAGAUUCUACUGAACAGUCAAAAGAAAGUAACGGGAACUAGAAGAGGGUCGAGAUGGCAGGAGUAUAGGAAGAUCGUGAGACUACCGGAGUUCUACAAGCCAACGAUCAUCAUGAUGUUCAUGUUCGUUCUGUUCCAAGUGUCCGGGAUGACGGUGGUGCCGUCCUACACGGUGCCGAUGAUGGAGGAGGUCAGCGCCGGAGCCAUCGAUGCCAACGUCAGCAUGCUGAUGGUUGACGUGGUGAGGUUCGUGACAGCUGUCCUCUCCUGCUUCGUCGUCAAUAAACUCAACAGACGAACCGUUCUUUUCAUCGGAAUCAUUGUCAGCGUCGUGUCUCUUGUCAUCACCUCCGCACUACUCUAUUUAAGAGAUUACAACUACAUACCAGAAGAAUUAAAAUGGAUACCUGUCAUUCCUACCCUUGUUUACAUUUUUGGGAAAACACUGGGCAUCUUACCUAUACCGUGGGCUAUAGCUGGGGAAAUCUUUCCCCUUGCUUUCCGUAGCUUGGGAAGUGGAAUUUCUGGGAUGUUCCUUUCCAUCAUGUUCUUCGUUGUUGUCAAGACUGCCCCAUUCUCCUUCGAUAAGAUAGGUGUUAGCGGCACCUUCCUCGUUUACGCAUUUUGUGUGACUGUGUGCGGCGUGUUCUUGUACUUCUUACUACCAGAAACUAAGGGGAAGACGUUAUAUGAAAUUGAGUGUCACUUUAAGGGGAUCAAGGACGACGCGGGACAGAUCGAGCUACGUGAGGGGGAGAAAAUGUUGGAGUUCGAGAAAGUGGAGUGUGGUUGAAGAAGGACGGGAGAUUACAGGAUGUGCUUUACUGCUAUGAUGCAGUUGAGGGGAGUAGCAUUUUUUAAUACAUUCAGUGCUCUAGCACUGAGUGCUGAAGUUAUAAUUUAUACCAAUUCGUUAAAAAAUGUUCUUUUUAGUAGGUCCGUACUGAAGGACACAUGAG